AAAGACGAGCCGGGGGGUUCCCCGCAGCUGGCUCUGAAAUCUGGCGCAGCUUUUGCUUUGCUUUCCGGUCAGCUCCAGCUGUGAAAGGUAGGGUUUGUCCCCUGGCGUCAAAGGCAGGAACAUCUGAGCCCCUAAGCAAAUACUUGAAUGUGAGAGCCUAGGAGUGGGCUUUUUCACUUUUCCCGCGGCUGAGGAGCCCUGGAGGCUAUGCCCUUUGACCUUUGACAUGUGUGCAGCCUCUGCCUCUCCAGAUAUGGAAAACAUGGAUAAAAGAGACCGACCAUUCAUGACAAUUCAGAAAAAUGAUAGCUCAGAUAAUCCUGUAUUCUGUAUGAAAAAUGGAAUGAGAAGCAUUAAGUAUAAACCAGUAGACUAUCAACAAUUGCAUGCAUUAACUGAAGCAAAAAAAUUAGCGGCUGCCUCUACAGAGCUAAAGAUCAGAAAAGCAAUGCAGACUUCAAAGACAUCUAAGGAACAAACACUAAUAAAGCAACACAGGCAAGUGUGGUGGCAGGAGCACCGCAGGCUAACUGAAGUCAGGUGUAGAAUGGAAUCUGAAAUAAAAUGUUUUCUCAAUGAAGAGAACAUUGGAAAUGAAUGUCUUUCUGAACUUCUGAAUUUUGAACAAGAGUUAUCAGAACAAUGGUGCAUGUAUCUUAAAAAUGUGAUAAAUCCUACUCAGCAAUUGAUAGCAGACCUAAAAUACAGACAGCAUCACAUUCCACAGCAUUCACACUCACAUACGGAGCUUAACUCAGUGAAGGUACUGGAAGAGGUUGACUUUGUGAAGAAACAAUUAAAAGAUGUCUUUGAAAGACUUGGCCUGGAGCAGCAGCAAUUAGAAAAUGAUCUUUCAGACUGGAGUGUUAAAACACCGGAUCGUUAUUCAGAGGAAAGGAGAAACCCGCUUAGUGAGCUGCCCGUGGAGUUAGGAGCUUUGGGGUGCCCCUACCCUGAUUUGGAAUCUUCAGUUGUUAAUGAGUUCUGCAGCUUUACAGACAAAUAUCAAAAGAAACUUCGAGAUUUCGAUCUGCAGUUACAAGACAUAUACAGAAACUUCCAGUUAAAUGAAGAAGAUCGCUGGAUUUACCAGGCUGUUUUGGACCAGUAUCCUGGAGAUCUCUGUGGCAGAAGGACUCUAUAUCUGGACAUGUUACAAAGAUAUUUUCCUCACAAAUCUAGGCGUGCUUUGGUCGAGCAUGAGAAAUACUGUGACCAAUAUCGCUUUGCUAGGGAGCAGCGAAGGAUCCUGCUGUCAAACUGGAAUAAGAAUAGGAGGGAUUUUAUACAGAAGGCUGUGCUGACACUUGUGGAGGCCUGUGCAGCUCAUGAAAUGGAGAGCAUGUUGGCCAAGGACAGGAAAAAGCAACAGGACCUGUGUGCCGAUCUGAAAGCCAAGGUUCUGCAAUGGCGAGCCCACCAGGAAGAGGUAGCAAGACUGGAAAUGGAAAUUUCUGCCAGAAGAAGAGAAAAGGAAGUAGAGAAAGAGAAACUGUGGAAGGAGAAGGAAUUGUUAGCGAGAGAAGAGAAGAAAGAAAAGAUAAGAAAAUACUGGGCUAAAAAAGAACAGUAUUGGCAAGAAAUGGAAAGGAGAGAUCUUCGGCGUCUAGAAGAAUUGAAGAAAAUAAUGGCUGACCAGUCGGCAAAGGACAGAGAAAGGGUUAACUAUAGACAACAAUUAUUGGAAAAGCGUUUGAUGGAGAAAAAAGAAGUGGCUCUUCAAGAAGCACACGAAGAAGAAGAGAGAGAGAGGCGGCUCGAAGCCCUUAGGAAACAGGUCGCUAUUGUUGCUCAGUUUGAUCCUGUUAGAAUGAUGUCAGAUACGAUGGCAUGGAAAGCCAGAAUGGGUAUUGGAACUGAGGAAGAAUUUAUUCUUCAAAAGCCACUCUUCACAUUGAAUACAUACAGUGAACAGCAGAUCAUUUCUGACCCUAGACUUCGUUUUGAGUUAGCACUUCGAGAAGCUGGACUUCAUAAAACCUUUUAUGCCAAAGAGAUGUUGCCAAAAAUCAGUCCUCAAAAACCUCCAAGAAAGGACAUGGAGUCUACUGUAUUUAAAACCUAGAGUUCAUCUUCAAAUCCUAGUAAAUGUAAACAAGAUGUUUCUCUAAAUGCAUUUAUAUGGAUAACAAUAAUUACUGCUUUCUAAAAUUUUCUAUAAUGUCAUACAUAGAAAUUGUACCAUCUAUUAAAACAGCCUUAUAUUUUAUAAUGAUUCUUAGAAUUUUAUGCACUAUUUCCAAUAUCUUUGUUUCUUUAAUAGUACUAAAUUCUCCAAUACUAUGGAACUUAAUUAUGACACAUUUGGUACAUAUAUUAACAUUUAGUAAAUUGCAAUUUGCAAAUUGCCUUAUCCUAUGAAAAGUGAUCAAAAUAACCAUUUGCAAGAAUUAUAAUAUAUAUUGCUGCUACCUGCUAACAAUCAUUUCUGGUUGUUAUUUUUAGAACUUAACUUUUUAAUCAUGGACGUUUCAUUAUCAUUAAUACUUCUAUUGUUUCUUGAUUAUUAUAAAAGAAGAUUCAACCUUUCUCUAAAUUUAGAAACCAAUUUGGUACACCAUGUUUACUGCAAACCAGCCAUCCAAGACAAUUUCAUUUUGCAAAUUAGCCCGUAAGAAUAAAUUAGAAAUUAGAAAUAGCAUUUCAGACAUGAGAAUAUCUGUUUUGGCUUGGGGGAAAAAUGUGUGUGGCUGUUUAGAAGGAAUAUUUUUAAAUUUAUAAUAUUUAGAAUGUUAUCAAAGUUUCACAUUAUCUGUUAAAUAUCUAGAUUAUAUUAUAGGAAGGCAGCAUUUCAAAUAUGACCCAAGCAUAACAUUUUUACUGUUUUUAAAGAGCCACACAAGUAUGUGUAGUGUAGCUGGUAAUGCACAACAGGGAAGUGGUGCUGCCGUUGUGAGAACCAUAGAGUUAAUACUUGCAGUUAUGUUGAAAACAGUUUAGACCUGGGAGCAGCGUAGCUAUUGGCUAUGCCCAGACUCAUGCUUUAUUAAUUUCUUUAUUAAAAACAGCAUUUAUAAUAGUUACCAUUUGCUGAACACAAACUGUGCUCAGUACCAUGUAUAUCCUUUACAUAUGUCUUCUCUGACCUUAGAUAACAACCUUAUGAGAUUGUUAUUUCUGUUUUUUCAGAUAAGGAAACAGGUUCAGAAAGGUAGAAGAAUAUGCCUUAGAUCAGUUGUUUUUCAGCCAUGAGUCAGUAAAUCAAUUUAGUGAAUCCUGAUCAGCCUUUUUUUAAUGAAACAAAAUAAAUCUGAAAUCCAAAUGGCUAAUAAACAUAUGAAAAAUGGACACACCAAUUAAAACUCCAAUGAAAUAUCAAUAUGCAUCCAUCAGAUUGGCAACAAUACCAAGAAAACUAAUACCAAGUAACACCAUACAGAACAAUGGGAAGCACCCACUGGUGGUGAGAGUUUAAAUUGAAAAAGUUUGGAUUUACCUGGUGAAGCUGUAACUGUUCAUACACUUUGAUAGAGCAAUUCUAUUCUUAAAUAUAUUUCCUUGGGAAACCUCUGCAUAUGUGUUUAAGGAGACAUAGACUGGGAUUCCCAAAUGAAAGCAAGCCACAUGUUCACCAAUAGUAGAAUGGAUAUAAAAAUUGUGGUAUAUUCAUACAUGGAAUUGUAUAUAGCAAUGAAAAUGAAAAAGAUCAACAUGAA